AUGGGCAAGGACAAGGUCGAGAAGAAGGACCGCGCUGAGAAGAAGGAGAAGCGUGCGGAGAAGGACGGUGUGCACAAGGUCAAGAAGGAGAAGAAAGAGAAGAAGGAUAAGACUGCUCUUGUCGAUGCGGUAGAGAAGGAAAUUGUCUCUGAGGCCAUGGAGGGCGUCGAGGAGACCGCUGUCGCUGUCAAGGGCGAGGGUGAGGUCGAUGCCGCUGUCGACCGCCCCGUCGGCGCUCUUGUGCCGUUCGCCAACCCAUUGGUUGAGGACAAGCAGGCCAAGAAGGUCCUGAAGAGCGUCAAGAAGGCUGCCGUCAACAAGUCUCUCAAGCGUGGUGUCAAGGAGGUCGUCAAGGCUCUCCGCAAGUCUCCCAUCCCCGCCGCCAACGCUGCCAUCGGUGUCCCCAGCGGUGUUGUCGUUCUCGCUGCCGAUAUCUCCCCCAUGGAUGUUAUCUCCCACAUUCCCGUCCUCUGCGAAGAUCACGGCAUUCCCUACGUCUUUGUCACCUCCCGCGCUGAGCUCGGUGCUUCUGCUGCUACCAAGCGCCCUACCAGUGUGGUCAUGGUUACCCCCAAGGCCGCCAAGGGCAAGAAGGAGGAUGAUGAGGAGUUCACCAAGGUGUUCGAGGAGCUUGCUGGCUUGACCCAGAAGGAGCUCAAGAAGCUGACAGUCUAA